CGGUGGGUGAGGGCUUUGUCCUCUUAGUCUCUUUACGCUCUGCGGGUUUAUAAGUGACUCUUCUAAUGCUUAAAACUUAUGCUCUUUCCUUAUUUUUCGCUCUCCUUCAGUUAUUUGCCCAGGCUAAAGGCCGAAGUAAAAGCCUUAGGCAUACACUUAAACUUAUAGAAGAAGCAAAGUUGUCUGAGCUAUUGCCCGAGCAAGAAUCUUCUCUUGAAGCAAGUGGGGUCGUAUAUGUGAACUCUUCUUUUUAUGUCGUCUUUGAUUCUGAUACCUUUCUAGCUAAAAUCGAAAACCACACACAUAGAAUUCCUGAAAAUAACUUUAUUUAUUCGGAAGAGCAAACAGAAUCUGAAUUUGAGGGCAUCUUUUACGACAAUCUAACGGGACAUCUCUUCCUAUUGCAAGAGGCUAUUAGUAACUCAAGAACUCGCGAAAGCUAUAAUGCAAAGAUUGUAGAAGUUUCAUUAAGCUCAGAUCUCAGGAACUACACCCCUAUAGAAUCUUGCUUCGUUAACUAUUCCUUCAAAACAGAUAAUAAAGGUUUAGAAGGAAUUCACAUUUUUAGAGAAGAUGGCUCUAAAGCAGCUUAUCUACUCUGUGAAGGGAACGGGUGUCGGGGAGGUAAGAAAGGAGACACAAGUCGAGGCGUGGUGCUAACAGCUGUUUAUAGAUCUGCUACUCCGUCCUCAGGGUGUCGUUGGGAGGUGAUUAGGGCAUCCGAGUUACCACAGUCACUACACUUUAAGGAUUAUUCUGAUCUGGCAAUCUCUUCGGAAUAUAAACGCGUGGCGGUGACCACCCAGCAAGAUAGUGCCGUGUGGAUUACAGAUUUUGAAAGUGUUGAGGAGAUCGACUGGUCUAAAAGUGGAGCUGUUUAUGAAUUUCCUCGUCGUAAGAAAAAUAAAAUUGCUUAUUGCAAUGUGGAAGGAAUUUAUUUUAUUAAAAAAAAUGUUAUUGCGGUUGUGAGCGACAAGGCGAAGAAGAAACAAUCUUCUCGCUGCGCCUUGAAAGAUCGCAUGCUGCACAUUUUUGAAAUUCCUGAGCUCGGGGGUUUGUAAAAGUCCGCAAUAAUAAAAAAACUUGUAAUAUUGACUACAAA